AUGCAAACGAAAGAAAAUGCAAUCAUUAGCGCAAUCCAAAGUCACCAGAAUGUUUUAUUUCAAUUUAAACAUCGAGCUGUUACUUACCCAAAAACUAAUUAUUCACGCAGUCAUCCCCUGUACGCAGAUACAUUGGAAUUUAAACAUCGAGCUGUUACUUACCCAAAAACUAAUUAUUCACGCAGUCAUCCCCUGUACGCAGAUACAUUGGAAUUUAAACAUCGAGCUGUUACUUACCCAAAAACUAAUUAUUCACGCAGUCAUCCCCUGUACGCAGAUACAUUGGGUGUGAGGAAUGCUAUAAAAGAAUUUAAACUUCGAUCUGUUACUUACCCAAAAACUAAUUAUUCACGCAGUCAUCCCCUGAACGCAGAUACAUUCGAAUUUAAACAUCGAGCUGUUACCUACCCAAAAACUAAUUAUUCACGCAGUCAUCCCCUGUACGCAGAUACAUUGGGUGUGAAGAAUGCUAUAAUAUGUCGCCGCUCCCACAUAUCCCUUGUCAACCUGCUAACGAAAGAAAAUGCAAUCAUUACCGCAAACCAAAGUCACCAGAAUGUGUAUUUUGAUCUGUAUUCUAUAACAUACGGAAAAGAAUUUAAACAUCGAGCUGUUACUUACCCAAAAACUAAUUAUUCACGCAGUCAUCCCCUGUACGCAGAUACAUUGGAGUUUAAACUUCGAUCUGUUACUUACCCAAAAACUAAUUAUUCACGCAGUCAUCCCCUGAACGCAGAUACAUUCGAAUUUAAACAUCGAGCUGUUACUUACCCAAAAACUAAUUAUUCACGCAGUCAUACCCUGUACGCAGAUACAUUGGGUGUGAAGAAUGCUAUGUGCACAGCACUAGCGAUUUUCUUCUAG